UCAUUUCUCCUCCCGCUCGACAUUAAAUAGUUAUCGGAAAUCAUCAUUUAUAGUGCGAAAUUUAGAAAAAUAUUGUACCGACAAAAGCCAUUGAAAGGGACGAAGCGGAGCGAGGAUACGCGAACGACGGGCACGAAAGGUGACAAACGGCUGUCCGAGCCAGCGCCUUGUCAUUGUCCGGUGUUCGGUUCACGUCUGUAGAGUUUCUGUACGAGCGCAUUCUAAAGAAAACACAUUUAAAUGCCUUCAAAUGACUUCACUCACCUGAUCGUCAACCACUGAGAGCGUCGACACGAAAUCAAGCGGCUGGCAUUGAAUUGACUUGUUUGAGCAGCGAUGACCACGAACGAGGUCUAUCUGCGCCCGUUCCCGUACCUUGACUCCAAGUGGUUGCGAGCGGACCUCAUUGCGGCGCUUCGAAAUGGCGAGGACAUGGCUGUAUUGUGGAAUAAUUUGGUGCAGGACAGAGAGCUGGUCACGACUCCAUCGGCCCCCAUCACCAAUGUUUCGGGCAACUUGUCUUACAUUGGCGAUGACGGGAAACAUUACUGCGGCGCCAAAAUACUAGACUGCGGCUGCUGUACAGGCUAUUGCGGAGAGUUAGCGCACAACUGCUCGUCUUGCAGGAUCCUGGACUCGGAGACUGCUUCGAAAAAGUCUCAGAAUUCCAAUCAGACCAACAGCAAUGUGAUUUCGUCGGACGUAAUCUUCGAGAAAUGGCUCUGGGGAUCUCUUCCACUUCCAGAAUCCAAGAAAUCAUGUCUGAAGACUUUGCUUUCUGAACAACAUGAUAUCUGCUUGCAAGUCGCUGGUAGUAGCCUAUCAUCAGUGCAUCUACGCCAACUCCUUUGUGUAUACGAACGGUACUUUGUAGCGUUAAACAGAUGCAAACACCUCAAAAUAGUAAAUACAGGAAAGCGUUUUACAUCCGACCAAGCGACUACUACCGAAAAACCAUUAUCGAAAUUUAAAACAAAUGACACUGUACAGUCAGGCAAGGAAGCGGAUAAAGCGACUUUGGGACUUGCUAGAGUGGGUACUCGAGCUGCUUUAAAUUUUUCAUUUGCUUUCCUAAGGCGAGCAUGGCGUUCGGGGGAGGAUACAGAACUUUGCAGCGAACUGCUCAUGGAGGCAUUGGAAUCACUACAAGAGCUUCCAGAAGCAUCACUAUUCGAUACAACACAAGUAUCUGCAUUAUGGAUAGAAGUUUUGGAGAGAUCAAUAAAGUUUCUCCGACAAGUAGUUCUGGGAGACGUUAUGGGAGGACGAUGUGCUAUACCUCGUGAAGAUCGCCAUAUUGCCUUGUGUUUGCUAUUGGAAUUGGGUGCACAAAAGGGAACUUUGGGAGCGUCGUUGGAAGCGGUUGUGUUGUUGUUGAUUUUGUGGGAAAAAGAAAAGGAGACUGACGAUAACAGAGAUAUUCCCCAAAACACGGGAGCCCCUCUUUUGCCAAUUCUCAAGCGCUAUGAGCGAAUAUGUAAUUAUGGAAUGCCCGCGAAAUCCGAGACGCAACCGUCGAGCGCAACAGAGUCCUUCCUAAGAUUUCUUACACUGCCUGAAGACGAACAAUCUAACAUAGAUAUAAAGCAAGCCGCAGUGGUAAUCAUCAGCCAUCUUGAUAGACUAGCAAAGCCACAUAUGCCUACGGGUAACAUAUCACCGGCAACGGUCAAACUAAAACAGUCCACCGAACAACAGCAAAAGCAGCACGUUUUCGCGCUUGGUCGAUAUCUUUCUCUCGAAAAUCAUGGAUUUACCGCAGAACCGCCAGUAGGGGUCAAUGUACCCAACUCACCAGCACUGGAUCCAUUAUAUUCGGCCUUCAACUUGAAUUAUCAAUUUCAAAUAAAAUCGGUGGCGUUCUCGGAGGACACCAUUUUAAUACUUUCACAAGAGAACGUGCUACACUACUUACCUAUCACACAUCCAAAUAUGCCCCCGCUAGAAAUGUUUCAGUUGGAACACGUACAAAUAGUUGCUAUAUCAGCUCACUGCGAAGGUAAACAUUUUAUGGCCUUGGAUUCUGAAAACAACGUCUACAGCUGGGGUGUUGGUGAUGGUGGUCGUUUAGGACACGGUGAUACAGCGUCAAAGGAAGAUCCGACUGUAAUCAAUGCGCUGACGGAUAAGGAAAUUUGCAAGAUAUUUUGUGGUUGCACUUACAGCGCAGCGAUUUCAAAAUCCGGAGAGCUCUACACAUGGGGACGUGGAACUUACGGUAGACUCGGACAUGGGAAUUCAGAAGAUAAACUGUUGCCUCACAUAGUAGAGGCAUUGAAAAGCUAUAAAAUAGUGGACGUAGCUCUAGGAAGUGGUGAUUCACAUACCAUCUGCGUAACUGAAGAAGGAUUAGUAUUCACUUGGGGAGAUGGUGAUUUUGGAAAACUAGGAAAUGGAUCAUGUAACGGAUCUCAAUUGCCCAUACAAAUAGAGAAUCUUCCACGAAUUCAACGAGUGUUCGCUGGGUCUCAAUUCAGCAUCGCGUUAAGCUAUGAAGGAAAACUAUUUACAUGGGGAAGGAGUUUAGGUGGUCGUUUGGGUCAUGGCUUUGAACAGCAGAAAAACAUUCAAUGUGCAUCGGAAAUCGUUAACACACCCAAGCUACUACAGGCAUUAGAAGGAAAAGUGAUCAUAGACCUUGCUAUCGGAUCAGCCCACUGUCUCGCACUGAGCAAUGCUGGAGAAGUGUUUGGAUGGGGUCUCAAUGAUUGUCAGCAAGUUUGUCCACAAUCAAUAUCAUUAGAGCCGAUUUUGGUGCAGCCGAUUUUAGCAACACAUCCAUCAAUUCGUGUUUCGGGCAUUGCUUGUGGAUCAGCUCAUUCUAUUAUUUGGUGUCAGACGUCAAUCCAAGGAAUUGAAUCACGAGUUCCAUUUGUAAUCGAUUUGUCCGAACACACCUUCCGGUUGCUUGAUCAAUUAUUAGCUAUGGUUACAGUGCAAGAUGGGCGGCAAACGCCCAGUCAAGACUCUGAAUGCAUUUCUGUGGCGUGUUUAAAUUUGUUGAGACUGCAAUUACAUGCACUUAUAGUUAAUAAUUGCUCCCCUAAGACUGUUGGAUUAGGUGAAGGUUCCAGAUUGCUUGUGAGUUUGAAGACGCGAAUAUUGAAUUUAGCAGGAGGGUCUUCAAUACUUAAAACUAUUCAAGAAGCUGCACAGUGGGCGUUGCAGGUCGGAUGGAGUAUUCUAUUACCUACUGCUUCAGAACGAGCGCAAACGCUUACAUCACUAUUGCCAUCAGAGCCCGGGACAUCUACGUCAGGCCAUCGUUUUAUGACAGACUUAUUAGUGGGAUCGCUAAUGGCAGAAGGAGGAUUGGAGACAGCAUUAAACCAAGCAAUUAACUCAGAGUCUGAUGAUAGCAUGAGCAGCGAACACAACCUACCCCUAUUACAUUUGAUAAAGCAAUUAUUACGCAACAAUUCCGCCCUGACCCAAUCACGACUGUCCCAACUAUUAAUCAAUCCUCCCUGUUGUAAAGUGGAAGACGGCUUUAUUUCAACUUCACCAGAACAAACAUCACCAAGCUUAGAUCUUUUACACCGAUUUCAGAGACUGCUUUUCUCUCAUAUACAUCAAGCCAGAACUGAAGACGUAUCUGGAGCUGAAAUACUUCUGGGGAAGUAUAUUCAAAGUGCAAUUAGUUUAUGUACAGUUUCGGUGCAGAGAGCUAGUGAAAUUGCGAUUCAGGGCAAGGAUGGUGUUGCAGAGAUCUUAAAAUCGGACAUAUCCGAUACAUUAUUGAACGAAUUGAUAAUUGGAUUGAUAGUUUUACAUCGUGACAAACCUAAUGUACUGCCAUCAUUUGAAUGGACGAAAUAUUUUAUACCGCUUUUGCACGCUUUGGACUCAUUAAAUCGGCUUAUUUGUGAUUAUGAUAUUCAAGAUUCAGACGAUAUGGGUUGGCCCGGAAUAAUUUGUAGAGGUACAGUUAAGUCUGUAGCUAUUCCCGAAGAACCCCAUAUUGUACGUAAAAGUGAUUUGGAAAAUCAUUUAAUCGAUGGUGGGAAGUGGAUUAUUAUAAAUGGAUAUGUAUACGACGUCAAAGAUUAUGUAUGUGAAAAUCAAUCCGCGAAUGAAAUCAUUCAAUCUGGCAUUGGCAAGGAUUUGACGAGCGAGCUUAGUGCACACGCUCACCGGGCAAGUUUAGAAUACAUCACCACGCAUUUAAAAGUUGGAAAAUAUGGUCCCAGUAAUUGUGAAGAAAAGUCUCGCAAUCAACAAAGCAAAACAUUAACGCAUUUCAAUUCGGAACGAGCACUUUCUUAUCUAUUGGGCCUUCGCGUUAGUACCCUUCAAAAUGGAACCCCUCUACAACCAGCAGAAUUGCAAUGUAAAAAUCUCUUAAGCUCAGAUAUUUUGAGUGGAGGACUGCAAGUCCUUCAGCCUUCCAAUCCAUUCGAUGAAGAGAAGGGAGAGGCUAGAAGCUGUACAUCAACUGCCGGGAAUACCCCGACUGAGACAUCAAAUCAAAUUGCCCCAAAUGAAUUUCCACAUCUGACAUCAUGGCCACACAUGCUUAUUAAUCAACGUGUUGAAGCGUUCCUAAAUGUCUUGACCGAAGCUAGGGUGGCUGAUCCUUUGUUCUCCGCCUGGAUAAAUAUUACGGAAAGAUAUUGUAAAGAAUCGAAUUUGAUAUGGCAUCAGGAAUUUUCAACGGAGCAUCCGGUUCAGGAAUUGGAAAGGCUUCUGGCAGCGGCGUUAGUUCGGCAUCAAAGCUUAGGGCCACUGGUGCUGGCAGUGGUUGAUAGGGAACUAAGUGGAAUUACCGAGAAACCACCUCUACAAAUUGCGGAAAUCAUUCGAGUAGUUUAUCAAACGAAAUGGAAAGUAAUUAAAAUGAGACAGCAGUUGAACCGAAGCUACAAAGAAGUAUGCGCUCCAAUGCUAGAAAGAUUGCGUUUCUUGUUAUAUGAAGUCCGCCCAGCGAUUAGCUUAGAACAAUCAGGUCUGAAUAAACUAAGCAUAUUGCAUAAGUUACCUCGAUUCAAGACUACAGUUAAGAGAAUUAUAUCGGAAAUAAGAGUUGCGCGGAAGCAAUUAGAAUGUGCUAAGCCUGAAGAUAUUUUAAAUGUUACGAUUCAAAGUCAGAAUGCAGCACAGAAAAAUAUAUCGACAGAGAAUUUACCAAAGAAUGUCUCCAUGGAGAACCUAACAAAUGAGGCGUCUUUUAAAGUAGCGAGUGUAGAAAACUUAACGAGCAGUAAUACCGCCUCAAAUAAGACUACAAAGAAGAAUAUAUCGAAUGAAAACCUUUUAGAAAUAGGCUCAGGUGAUAAUAAUUUUACAAGCAAUGACAAACGGCCGCAGAUUGAUGACGUGAAAACACCCACCAAUGAUUUUGAUAUGAUGGGAAAACAGAAGAGUACUGAACAGUUCAUAAAUGAUGUUAUAUUGAAAAUCAGUGAAAAGCAUCAUCUAAACUCUGAAAACCAAAACCUUAGCUUGUCGAUAAUGACGCAGAUAGUUGAUUUUGUUAUGCAAGAGGUCUGUGAUGUUGAAACACUACGCAGGGCGAUGUAUUGUCAAGUGCAAAGGUAUCAAAUACGAAAGAAGGGCUUGGACAUGCUGAAUGACCUGCUGAAAAUCAAUGGAUUGCUGGAAUCGGUCCAAUAUAGUAUGCUAAACGGUUAUCUUGGACUUCAUAUGAAUCGGGCCAAGUUCAGUUUCAAAAACGUUCUUGAAGAUUUGAAUAUGAUUACUGCAUUUCAAAAGGCUAACUUGAUAAUUGCUCAUUCGAAAAUUUUAGAAUGGGCGGUGGGAGAAUUGCAAAGACUGGUUAAUGAGGAACAAGUGUUGCUGAAGCAGAAAUUUCAUGGCGACAAAGACAAUUCUAACUUUGGAACCUAUGUCUUUCUAAAAAAGUUACCCCGGGCCAGAUUCUUACUAAGUAUUUUCGGAAUACUAGCAAAGGACCUGGGGGCGAAUGAGUUAAGCCUUCUGACCAACCUCGGCGUUUUGGGCAGCGUAUUAGGGUUACUUCGGCAAACGGGUGGAGAUUCUUUACCUCAAAAGAGUGGAAAUGAGCUUUCGAUUGUUUAUAAGGAUACAGUGUCUAAGCAAAAUUGCAACAAAGCAAAUUUAUCCGGCCCUGAGCUAGCCUUACUCAUGAAAAUCGGUACUAGAAUUUGCCGAGGAGCAGACUGGAAAUGGGGAGAUCAAGACGGUAGUCCCCCAGGAGAAGGAAGAAUCAUAAGUGAAGUAGGUGAUGACGGCUGGGUCAGAGUCGAGUGGGACACAGGAGCAACCAAUUCAUACAGGAUGGGGAAGGAAAACAAGUAUGACUUGCAAUUGGCUGACAGUGCUUCGAAUAUUGUAUCUCCAGAUGUAGAGACUGAAAAGGAGAAUAUAGGCGUUGAGACACAACUGACGGGGGAAUCGCAUCCUACGAGACUGUUGCGUUAUGCUUGCACGAAAAUGCUUCAGAUUAUAUCCGUUGGAGUUUGUAUUCACAGCGACAAAAUGGAAAAAUCGGCAAUUUUCGGAUUCACCUCGAUGUUUCGUGCAAUCUUAAGUCAAAAAUCUGUGUUAGUGAAUUUUUGCGGAGUGGAUAAUUGGACGACACUUGGUUUUCUUAGAUCUAUAGCAGGAGACUCACAAAUAAUGGCAGAGUAUUUAUCAACACCAGUGUGGAUAAAACUAUAUAUUGAUAUACUUGAUACUCCCGUCACAUGUGAACAAGACGUUUAUAAACGAGUGCAUUGUUUGAGACUAUUAGAAACCAUUCUGAGUAACUGGAAGGAAGAUGUUGGUCGCUGCCAAGAGCUGGUGGAAACGCUCUUUUCAUUAUUGGGCAAAACUAGCCUGUUAUGUCCGAACGAUGUCUCUUUAAUGCAGAACCCAGCGAAUAUCAAAUCAAGAGUGCUAUUAAGUGCAUCCCACUCUGGAACGGUUGCAGAUGAAAUAGUCGUGCUACUAAGAAAACUGCAUACAUUGCCAGUCUGGAAUGCUGCCAUAAACUCUUUCCUGUCACAAAAAUUGUGUGUUGCUGCAGAUUUGCUUUCGACGGAGGACCCUGAUGUCGAUAAUUUAGAGACUGAGCGUAUACUUGUAAUGGGUGUUCUAAACACGAUUGGUGGCUGUGAUCCGCGCCCGCGCAUCGGGCUUCAAAUCAUCUACGAAGGACAACGUUCAAUAAUUUGCGGAUUCACGCAAAAAGGAAAAGCUUUAUUAAGCACAGAAAAUGAAAAUUCAGAAGUGAAGAAAAUUACUAUUGGCAUGGCCGAUGAAUGUUGCGAUCAUAGUGUUUUUAGUUUAUCUAAACUAUCACUGAACGAAAUGUUAUUGAACUCUUGGGCUGUAAUUCUAUACGGCCCUGGGGAAAGAAGAGAGUCAAUACCUGGCGCUGUGAACGUUAACUUGCUGCGAUCUCAACAAAUACAAUUUGCUGUAUUAAAUGCGAAUUGUGUUCUCUAUCGUCACCAAAUUGCAUUGAGGAAAAUCCUUCGACAGAGGUCACCAGGCAUAUCCAAUUAUUCGUCUGAUGAAAGUUUAUCAGAUCAAGGCAAUCCGGCAGCAGUUGAUGAUAGUAAAGUGCAGAAGGUUGAUUUGGGUGGUGAUGACUCCAAUAAUGAUGAAACCCCUCCAAGUGAAACCGAAUUACUGAUUCAAAGCAUGUUAGUGCGGGCUACACAACCAUCGCCCCUAAAAGCUAUCUACACGUUUCAAGAAUUAGCUUUAGCCGCUCUGAAUGUAACACAAAUGCUGGCAAGUCACGUGCACUUAGAUUCGAAUUCUCCACUGCCCGUAAAACUCAGACCGCUACCAUCACCGGUGCAACCAACGCUUGUUCACGGAAUUCCUAUAUACAACGAUGGGGGUGCCGAAGCUGCUCUAACACCUUUAAGUGAGGUAUCGAAUUACCCGAAUAACAGUCGAAAUACUCAAUUCACCCGUAAUAAGCGUUCAGCGUGUCCACUGGUUUCGCAAAUAAUGGAAAUGGGAUUUCUGAAAAAAUCAGUCGAGCUUGCCAUCAAAACUUUGACUGGGCAAUCAGAAAUAUCACCAACUGCCGAACAAGUAGUUCAGUGGAUUCUCGAUCACCCAGACUUAUGCCCUCCGAUCGCAUCUACCUCAGGAACGCAGCAUUUAGAUGGUGCUGCCGAAGAUGACAGCUACGCUGGAAAGAUAGACGAUGAUGGGGAAGAUACAAGUGAUAGUGAUAGCAGUGACACGGUUGAGGGCUGCUCUCUUCCAGAAAAUCCAGAUCAUACCAAAUACCUGACCCGCAAUAGUUUCCAGUCAGCAGAUCAGUAUGCAAUGUAUGUGAGGGGGUUAGUAUGUCCUGGUAUGACCGUAAGAUGCUGUCGCGAUUUUGAUGAAAUCAAGAAAGGCGAUGUUGGCACAGUUCUUAAAGUCGAUACAGAAGGAUUACAUGAUUUAAACGUUCAGGUGGAUUGGAAAAAUCAUGGUGGAACAUACUGGGUAUGUUUCGUUCACAUUGAAUUGUUGGAACCACCGAAAGAAAAGUGCAUGAUGAAGAAAAAUGUUAUAAUAGUAGGAUCUCAAGUCCGGAUUAAGCCAGAUGUUCAAACUCCACGCUACAAGUGGGGUUUAGUAACACGUGAUAGUGUAGGAGUUGUUACAGCUAUCAAAGGAGAGGAUGUAACUGUACGGUUUCAGCAGCAAUCAAACUGGGUCGGUUGUUUAGAUGAAAUAGAAUUAGUACCAUCAAAAGAUUAUUCUGGCAAUGGAGAGAAUUCGGCUAGUAUGGACGGUGACAUUAUCGAUGAUUGGUCUAGAUGUCUCAAAUCAUUGACAGUAUCGUCAAAUGAAUCGCAUGCAAGACAUUUGCUAGAUAAAUCUACAAAUUAUUGGCAAUCGAGUAGCCAAGGGAAGCAUUGGAUUCGAUUGGAAAUGCAUGACAACAUCCUUGUGCAUAGCUUGUCGAUUGUAGUCAGUCCUUCUGACUGCUCUCAUAUGCCGUCCCUAGUAGUUACCCGUGUCGGCGAUAGCAUAAAUUCUUUGAAGGAAUUCAGUUGGGUUUCUAUAAAGCCUACCGAUGUAAAUGUUCCACUAUUGAGUGAGGUGCGUCAGUACUAUCAGUGGAUAGAGAUUGUAAUAAAACAAUGUCGCAACAACGGAAUUCAAUGCAAGAUUCAUGGAAUCAACAUAACAGGACGCCGGAAGCAAACAGAUUUAGAUUUAAUGCUGAUGAAUGCUGCGUUUUUAGCCAGUGAACAUGACACCCUUUGCGAACCUUCUAGUACGGCUUCAUACACCUAUCCGGAAGACAUUUCAGCUAGUGAUCCUCUGUGUACCGUCCUCGUAUGGGGAUUGAAUGAUAAAGAACAGUUGGGAGGUUUGAAAGGAUCUAAAGUAAAAGUGCCUACUUUUUCACCGACACUCAGCCAAUUGCGACCGAUUCAUAUUGCAGGCGGUUCAAAGUCGCUUUUUAUUGUGUCACAGGAUGGAAAAGUUUAUGCUUGUGGAGAAGGUACUAAUGGUCGACUAGGGUUAGGGCACAAUUGCAACGUCUCGACACCAAAACAAGUUCCAGUAAUCAGCCAGUAUGUAGUGAAGAAAGUGGCUGUUCAUUCAGGUGGUAAACAUGCAUUAGCUUUAACAUUAGACGGAAAAGUAUUUUCUUGGGGUGAAGGCGAAGAUGGAAAAUUGGGUCACGGAAAUAGGUUGACUUUAGAUAAACCAAAACUGAUAGAGACUUUACGUUCGAAGCGCAUUCGGGAUAUCGCUUGUGGCUCAUCUCAUAGUGCUGCAAUAACUUCGUCUGGUGAAUUGUAUACUUGGGGUCUCGGCGAGUAUGGAAGGUUAGGACAUGGCGACAAUUGCACUCAAUUGAAACCAAAGGUAGUUGCCGCCCUCUUAGGAAAACGUGUGAUUCAAGUAGCAUGUGGAAGUCGUGACGCGCAAACACUAGCUUUAACGGAGGACGGUUUGGUCUACUCAUGGGGUGACGGUGAUUUUGGAAAACUGGGACGUGGAGGCUCCGAAGGUUCUUCAAUACCACAUGAAAUUGACCGUCUUACAGGAGUCGGAGUCAUCCAAAUCGAAUGUGGAGCGCAAUUUAGUCUUGCACUAACAAAAAGCGGAGAAGUUUGGACUUGGGGAAAGGGUGAUUAUUACCGGCUGGGACAUGGUUCAGAUCAGCACGUUAGAAAACCAGCACCCGUGCAUGGAUUGCGCGGGAAGAAAGUCAUUCAUGUCGCCGUAGGAGCAUUACACUGUUUAGCUGUUACGGACGUUGGACAAAUCUAUGCCUGGGGUGACAACGAUCAUGGUCAGCAAGGUUCUGGCAAUACAACUGUGAAUAAAAAGCCAACACAAGUCGUUGGUUUAGAUUCGGUGUUCGUUAAUCGUGUAGCAUGCGGAAGCUCUCACUCUGUUGCUUGGAGUUUACCACAAUCUCCUGCAGAAGAUGACAAGAAAGGUCCAGUACCGUUUUCAACAAAGAAGGAUGCACUUGGUGGUAGCAGUCUUGGCAUUUAUGAUUCCGAACCGGAACAACCAUUAACAACGAAACAGACACCAAAAAUGUCUUUGAGCGAAACACUACUAUCACUGGAAACCUAUGGCGCUAGACAAACCGCUCUCAACUAUAUCCUGAAUGCAAUGAGUAUAAUGCAAGCUAGACAAUUCAUAGUAACAGCUCUAACAAGUCACAGUCAGAUUGGGAGCAAUGAAAAGCUUUCCUAUGAGUGUGAUACCCAAUCAUUAGCGAAAGAAGCCGAUAGAAUUCCAAGUAACCCCACCUAUCAAGUUAGUAACGAUGUGAUUGCACAAGGCGGUGGUGAAGCUCCAGCUGAAUUGAACGAAGUGAUUCCCAAUGAACCAUCACCAGAUGUCGACGUCGUCCCUGUUCCAUCAGGCCCUCUGAGCGCUCUACAAAGUCUCACUGGAUCGUUAUCCCUGUCGGCGUCAAUUUCUAGUUGUAAUGGACCACAACGGCACUCGAAAAUGUCCGCGAGUGCAAUGUCUGUAAUGGCUGCUACGAUGACUAACCAGGAAGAGAUGGUUGCAGAAUCUAAUUUGACGGGUCUUGAUGACUUCACGUCGCUUUUGGGAGAGUCGGAAGCUAAAAAUUUAGUAGAACUCCUUAAAUUAAGUGUUGCCGGAAGGACGGGUUCGCCAAGUACUGCAAAAACAAUUGCAGACACUCUGAUUGCGUUAGGUUCGAAUUCCCCAUCAAUCGGAGCUAUGUUAUUGGAAACUUGCAUUACCGAAUUGGAAGAUCUCAGUACAUCGCGACAUUGUUUGGGAAAGAUGCCAAAGCCAGUAGUUCAGGAAACAAGUCACCCAUACGUAGAUGAUGUCACACUACAAGGCCAUGUUCGAAUCCCAGGAGCUGAGGCUUUAUUGCUAGAAUUUGAUAGUAAUUGUUCUACAGAGAAAAGAAACGAUCCUCUUGUAAUAAUGGAUGCAUCGAAAAGGGUUAUUGCGACCCGAUCCGGGAGAGAAUUUGCGCAAUGGGCUCCAGAGAUUCGUAUUCAAGGAGAUGAGAUGUACUGGAGGUUUACGAGUGAUAGUUCAGUAAAUGGCUGGGGUUGGAGAUUUUGGGUUCAUGCUAUUAUGCCAGCGUCAUUUAUGCAGGAAUUAGGUUCAGACAGAUCGGUGUUGUCACAACCGUCGAUGGCCCUUGUAAUGGCUUUGUUAGAUUCCCGAUUGGGACCCACAACUACAGGAGUACUCCUACGCUUAAUAUCUGCUCUUGCAACAUGUGCACAAUUGAGCUCCUUGACUACUGCACAACGUAUUUGGUCUUUAAAGAAGAUGAAUUCUAUCCUUCAGUCAAAAUAUGCACCAAAACCCUUAGACCCCGCAUUAACAAAUAUCCUCAUGCCAUUAAUUCCUGAACUAUUACGACAAUAUGAAUACGAAGAACCUCAAGUUCGUGGAGGCAUACACUUGAUGCAUUCGGAGUAUUUCAAGACCUUAGCUGCACUGGCUUGCAACAUGCAACUGGACGCUAUGCUGCCGCCUGGUGAAAUGCAUAAAUGGGCUUGGUUCCGACGAUAUUGCACAGCUGUUCGCGUAGCACAAUCCUUAAUAAAUAGAUCAGACUUACCACGACCUUUCUGUAUGGAAGUCCGGAAAAAACUAUCAGAAAUGAUGCCAUCAAAUAACUCUGUGAGUGGCGCUGGAGCGUCAACGUUAGCCACAUCGACCACAUCGCUGUCCUCUAGCACGACUAGUAAUCCUACACCUCCACCUUCUAUGCAACCACAAACUGUAGUGAACUCUCUCACACCAAACACCAGUAGUUUAAUACAGUAUAUCGAUACAGUUAUGUCGAUGUCAUUCCAGGAAACUGAGCAGAGAAGCAUAGAAUCAGCACAAUUUUUACAUGAAGAUCACAAUUUAUUCAAGGCAGAGCACGAUAGCCAACUACUGCAAUGGUUGAAUAGACGGCCGGAAGAUUGGGCGCUGUCGUGGGGCGGUGCAAGUACGAUUUAUGGUUGGGGACAUAAUCAUCGGGGCCAAUUAGGGGGGUUGGAAGGAAGUCGCAUCAAAACACCCACACCUUGUGAAGCCUUAAGUUUACUUCGACCUGUACAGUUAGCUGGUGGUGAGCAGACACUUUAUGCGGUGACGCCGGAUGGGAAAUUGUUUGCAACUGGUUACGGGGCUGGAGGUCGCCUUGGAAUUGGUGGAACGGAUUCUGUAGCUACUCCUACUUUAGUUGAAUCUUUACAACACGUGUUUAUCAAAAAGGUCGCAGUAAAUUCCGGAGGUAAACAUUGUCUUGCUCUUACCACCGACGGCGAAGUAUAUUCCUGGGGAGAAGGGGAAGAUGGGAAGUUGGGCCAUGGGAAUCGAAUGAGCUACGAUCGUCCAAAACUAAUAGAGGCUUUGUCCGGAAUCGGAAUAGUAGACAUAGCUUGUGGAAGUGCUCACUCUGCGUGUAUUACAUCAACAGGCCACGUUUUAACAUGGGGAAAAGGCAGAUAUGGAAGACUGGGACAUGGAGAUUCAGACGAUCAGUUGCGACCGAAGCUAGUUGAAGCUUUACUUGCUUAUCGGGCAAUAGACAUUGCUUGUGGAUCUGGGGACGCGCAAACGCUUUGCAUAACUGACGACGAUAAUGUGUGGAGUUGGGGUGAUGGUGAUUAUGGAAAGUUAGGUCGUGGUGGUUCGGAUGGUUGCAAAGUACCUAUAAAGAUUGAAAGUCUUUCGGGGCUUGGAGUUGUGAAGGUAGAAUGUGGAUCACAAUUUUCAGUAGCCUUAACAAGGUCUGGAGCAGUUUAUACAUGGGGCAAAGGAGACUAUCAUCGACUGGGACAUGGAACUGUAGAUCAUGUCCGACGGCCGAAGAAAGUCGCUGCUCUGCAAGGGAAGAAGAUUAUUUCAAUAGCGACAGGAUCUCUACACUGCGUAGCUUGUAGUGACAGUGGCGAAGUAUUUACCUGGGGUGACAAUGAUGAGGGUCAACUAGGUGAUGGAACUGUUAGCGCAAUCCAAAGACCAAGAUUAGUCACAGCCUUGCAGGGAAAACAUAUUGUUAAAGUUACUUGUGGAUCAGCACAUACUCUUGCGUUGUCAACGUCCCAACUUACAGAAGGAGCUCGACUGCCUCCAAGUCCGCCUUUGGAAUAUGAUUUGGUUAGGGAUCUUCCACCGGAAGCUCUACAUGCUCGACUAGUUCUACUUCAUCACUUCUCGGAACUUUUAUGUCCGUGCUUAUCGAUGCUUCCGAUCUCAGGGGAGCUAAGUCUCAGUUCUUUAAAAGACGUCUUAGUGUACAGUAUUAAAGAAGCUGCAUUCAGGAAGGUCAUACAAACAACGAUGGUUAGAGAUAAGCAACAUGGUCCAGUCAUAGAACUAAAUAGAAUACAGGUAAAACGAUCUCGAAAUAAAUUCGGCGGUGGAUUGGCAGGUGUUGAUGGUAUGAAAAGCGUGUUUGGACAAAUGGUUCAAAAAUUACCUUUGCUCACGCAAGAAGCGCUCUCGCUACCACAUCGGAUUUGGAAAGUGAAAUUCGUUGGUGAAAGUGUUGAUGAUUGCGGCGGCGGUUACAGUGAAUCAAUUGCAGAGAUGUGUGACGAGUUACAAAACGGCAGUGUACCGCUUCUUAUAACAACUCCGAAUGGAAGAGGCGAAGCAGGGGCAAAUCGUGAUUGUUUCUUGUUGGAUCCAACUUUGAACUCGGUACUCCAAAUGAACAUGUUCCGGUUCUUGGGUGUUCUUAUGGGAAUAGCUGUGCGAACUGGAUCACCACUGAGUCUGAACCUAGCUGAACCUGUUUGGAGGCAACUAACUGGGGAAAAUUUGAGACCAGCUGAUUUAACGGAAGUGGAUCGCGAUUAUGUAGCAGGAUUACUUUGUAUACGCGACAUGGAAGAUGAUCCGAAAAUUUUCUCAACGCUCGAACUUCCUUUCUCUACUUCCUCGGCCAAGGGUCAUGAAGUUCAACUAUCGACGAGAUAUUCCCGCAUUACUGCUACAAACAGACAGGAGUAUGUGCGUUUAGCGCUCAAUUACCGGCUACAUGAAUUUGAUGAGCAGGUUAAAGCAGUCCGCGAUGGAAUGUCAAAAGUCAUUCCUGUACCACUGCUCUCUUUAUUCUCGGCAACUGAGCUACAAGCAAUGGUGUGCGGUUCGCCGGAUAUACCGCUUGGACUAUUGAAGUCUGUUGCCACUUACAAGGGAGUUGAUCCGAAUUCGCCACUGGUUCAAUGGUUCUGGGAAGUGAUGGAAGAGUUUUCGAAUCAGGAACGAUCUCUAUUUCUACGUUUUGUUUGGGGAAGGACACGUUUACCAAGAACAAUUGCUGAUUUUCGAGGUCGAGACUUCGUUCUUCAAGUGCUCGAUAAAUAUAAUCCGCCUGAUCACUUUUUGCCUGAAAGCUACACAUGUUUCUUCUUAUUGAAAAUGCCAAGAUACUCAUGCAAGGCCGUUCUUCUGGAGAAACUUAAAUACGCUAUUCAUUUCUGCAAGAGCAUAGACACCGAUGAGUAUGCUCGUGUUGCGAUGGGUGAUCCGACGGAGGCGACUGGAAGUGAAGACAACAGUGAUGGUGAUAGUGAUGGAUGCUAGUCAUUAUAAGCAUUGUAAGGUCAGAUAUACCUAAAGUAUGUCUAUUUAUACAAAACUAAAGCAACUUAUUAGCGGCAAAAGUUAACCCUAAAAAUUUUAAACAAUUAGAAUCUGAAAUGAUGAACACUACGAAGUAGUAAGGAUUCAAUUUAGGAACAAAUUCAAUUCGAACUAGAAUCAUUUUUCACUGUUAAAAUAUAUUUUCAAACAAUCAAGUUUUCCUACUACAUUUUGUUAUUAUUCUAUUUGAACUCCCUCUUUACAGCUGCCUGCAAAUAAUAUUGAAUUGGAAUACUAUAGAAGGCGUUUAAGUUUGUUUUUUUUUCUCCUCGUUACUUCCGUUUCAUACAUUUUUAUCCACUCUAUGUCCAGCAAAUGCAAAAUGCUACAUUGUUCAGAAAUUAUAUGUAAGUUCCAUGAAGUAUUAAAACAUGAAUAUCCUAACAUCAACCGCUUUUUCACGUUAUUACAUUUAUAUCAUAGUUUAGUUCUAUCCAAAGAUAAAAUCUAGAGAUAGGUUCACUCAUAAGGCAUUAUCAAUUUAUACAUUUGGCAGACUUUUCACUGAAUACAUAUUAGUUUCAUAGUAACAUAUACAUAUGUACUAGAUAUUGGGUUUGAAAUAGGAUGUUUUGCAUUAUAGCAUUUCCAAAUUAAUUCUAGACCAUUUGUAAACACAUCAAAUCACAUUUGAAUCUUUCAGACACAAAAGCUGAAUUAAUGCUUAUUUAGUUACUUCAAUUUAGAAUCUCGUUGUCAUCACCAUGUGAAAUGUCUAAUAUGUGGUGCAAAACAAAAUAGACGUCAUACAUUUGAUUUAAAUACAUCAAUAAAAAUAACUACAUACGUGUAACAUGUAGAUUGUAUUCAGAGUUUAUUGCAAAUAAAAUAGAAAGUAAAUCACAUGUUUGUUU